AUGAUGAAGCUGAAGCUGUUGUACGCGCUAGCCAGCAUAGCGCUGACCGUGGCCAGCUGUGAAGCGAAAGCCACCCACAAGGUAACAUGUGCCGAUGAAACGAUGCGGGUAGAUGUGGCGCUACCCUCGAACAACUUUUCCGACGAGUCCGUCUAUCUAGAUGGCAUGAAAGGUUAUCCCGAUCCGAAAUGUAAGCCAACCAUACGGGAAAAUCUGGCAGUGUUUGAGCUAUCCCUUACCAACAUCUACGACUGUGGUGUUACGCGUGUCAUUAAUCAAAUUACGGGAAAGAAAGUGUUCUACCAUCGGAUCAUCGUCGAAGCAGGUCCGGAGACUGGAAAGGAGAUCGUGAGCGUGAAGUGUAUUACCACCGGGCCAAGCUACAAUGUAACGCAUGGCAUCGUAAAGCGGGAUGUCCUGCCAGCAGGCUUCCAGGAACCAGAGGAUCUCGAAAUAACGACCUCCAUCACGGAAAAUGCUCCAGAACCAUCGCUCGGCAUUGCCAUCCGCCAGGGCGACAAGCUAGUGUCGGGCGACCUUAACGUUAGCCCCGGGGCACACCUUCAGAUGGAAAUUUUCCUCGACAACCGUUCGGCACCGAUUUACGGGCUGGGUGUAAACUAUAUGCUCGUCACUGACACCAAGUACCAGGAGGAAACGAUCAUUUUCAACGGCUGUUCGGUUGAUCCUUAUCUGUUCGAAAACUUCAACACCGUCGAUGGAGAUCUGCUGGAGGCAAAGUUUCGCGCAUUCAAAUUUCCCGAAUCGACGUACGUCCAGUUCCGCGGCACGGUGAAUGUUUGCGUCGAUCGGUGCAAGGGUGUGAUCUGCAGCAACGGUCAGACCGCUUUCGGACGUCGUAAGCGUGAGAUCAGCGCGACACCGGCCGACCCGAACAAGGUGUACGAAGUCACAAUGACCACCUUCAUCAAGGUGAACUACGACGAGAAUGCAGAUCAAAACACCGUAUCGGAGAUUGAUCAGAAAAUCCGCCAACUGAAGCUCACCAACCAAAAGCUCGCCCGUAACAGCCGUGCUGGUAAUGUGUUCGAAAGCAUCCAUAAUGUGCCAGCACGGACCGCGGACGUAGAGCAACCGGAAUCCACCGUUCCACCGCUCGACAACGAAAGCGCCAAGGUCGAGGAAACGAUCGUAUUCCGGGAGGUAAUUACUCGACAGGAGGAGGACUCCUUCAUGGACGUCAACAGCGGUUCCCGGCGGAAGGGUUGGUCGUGGCAGCUGUCCACCCUACUCGUACUCUGCUCGAUCGUUCACGGGAUCGUUCGCCAUUGAAGAAAGUUCACGAUUUCUCACGCGGUGAGCAGGAUCUCU